UCCGCCUCGUCAAGCCCAAGCCAAAUGAGUACCCGUUCGACCUGGGGGGCAGGUUUGUCACCUUCCAUGUCCCCGAGGGCAUCACGGAGAGCGAGCACGCCUGCCCCUGGCCACGCAAGGGGCUGCAGAGGGGCUCCACUGGGGGGGUGGAGGGGCUCAUCGUGCUGGGGCAGGAGCAGGACGCCUUCGGGGGUGGCUUUGCCCCCCACGAGUCCUCCGUGGGCGAAAUGUCGGCCAUGGACAUGUGGGACACGGGGAUU